AUGUCCGCAGCCAUAGAGUCGGAAACGCUCAAACAGUACCUGGCUGACAGCCCGCCUACGAUUGUGCCGCUGACCAUCAAACCCCACUUCGAUGCCUUGAGCGACAAGGAGAAGCUCUACGCCCACCAUCUCUCCAUCGCCUGCUUUGCCGGUUCGCGAAUCGUCCUUCGCCAAGUCUCGCCCGAGUCCGAGCACAUCUACGAUUUCAUUGUCGCCUUGCAUAAACACACAAAGGGCGACUACGCCGCUCUCGCCAAAGAAGCCGGCCUCGCCUCCAAUGAGCUCGAUGCCUACCUCGACUAUGCGGCACAGUUCCUUGGCAACAUGGGCAACUACAAGUCCUUUGGCGACUCCAAGUUUGUGCCCCGACUCGAGCCCCGCCAGCUGAAGGCCCUCGCCACCGUCUCCAAGGACGCACUAGCCCUGUAUGAAAAGUUCAAAGACUCCAUCUUCGUGGGCAGCGACGUUGCAAAGCUGCAUCUGGGCUAUCCGGCUGCAGGUCACGUUUCGACAUACUACCCCGACAGCCCCGACAUCACCAACCAAGAGAUAGCCCAGGUCAGCGAUUUCCUUGAGAGCAAGGGCCUGCUUCCAGAGAACACCAGGGUGGCCAAGAAGGAUGGCAGCUAUCACGUCCUCAUCGCUUCGGCGCUCGACAACCCCUCACCAGACCAGCGCGACUUGAAGGAAAGCGAAUGGACAAUGGAUGACGGGAAAAAGGUCAAGCUCGUCUUUGGCGACUACUCCCGAGAGAUGGAUACCAUUGCACAUCACAUUGAACAGGCAAAGAAAUACGCGGCCAAUGAGAACCAGGUUCAGAUGAUGGAAGAGUAUUCCAAGAGCUUCCGCAGUGGCUCACUGCAGGCGUUCAAGAAGAGCCAAAUGGCAUGGGUCCAAGACAAGGGGCCUCAGGUCGAGUCAGACAUUGGCUUCAUCGAGACCUACCGCGACCCUCACGGUAUCCGUGGUGAAUGGGAGGGCUUUGUCGCCAUGGUCAACAAGGAGCGAACACGCGCAUUUGGAAAGCUGGUAGAGACUGCACCCCAGUACAUACCUCUCCUGCCUUGGGACAAGUCGUUUGAGAAGGACAAGUUCUUGAGCCCAGACUUUACAUCGCUCGAGGUGUUGACGUUUGCUGGUAGCGGCAUCCCUGCUGGUAUCAAUAUCCCCAACUACGACGACAUCCGACAGAACUUUGGCUUCAAGAAUGUCUCACUCGGAAACAUCCUUUCCGCCAAAGCACCAAAUGAAUCUGUCCCCUUCAUCAAGGACCGUGAUCUAGCCACCUAUCAAAAGUACCGCGAUCCCGCCUUUGAAGUGCAGGUUGGACUGCAUGAGCUCCUUGGCCAUGGCUGUGGAAAGCUGCUCCAGGAGACAGAACCCGGUGUUUUCAACUUUGACAAAGAGAAACCCCCCAUUUCGCCUCUGACCGGUCAACCCAUCAAAACUUGGUAUAAGCCUGGUCAAACCUGGGGCUCGACAUUCGGCGCCAUCGCUGCUUCGUACGAAGAAUGCCGUGCUGAAUGCGUUGCUAUGGCGCUGUCUUGCGAGUUUCCUAUUUUGCAGUUGUUUGGAUUCGGUGACGGCAAAGUCGACAUGAACAGCGAGGCUGGCGACGUGUUGUUUACCGCAUACCUCCAGAUGGCUCGCGCUGGUGUCGCCGCUCUAGAGUUCUGGGACCCCAAGAGCCGAAAGUGGGGACAGGCCCACAUGCAGGCACGCUUUUCGAUCUUGCGAACCUUCCUCAACGCUGGUGUUGAGUUUUGCCAAUUAGAGUGGGAAAAGGAAGAUCUCUCUGACCUGACGAUUCGCCUAGAGCGCGAUCGUAUUCUUGACCUGGGCCGACCAGCGGUGGACGACUACCUCCAGAAGCUGCAUAUCUACAAAUCUACUGCAGACGUCGCUGCCGCCAAGCGCAUGUACGACGAGAUCACAACCGUGGAGCCCUUUUACGAGAACAUGGUUAGGCCUGCUGUCUUGAAGAAGAAGACACCGCGCAAGGUCUUUGUGCAGGCGAAUACGGUUGAAAAAGACGGCAAGGUAGAGCUGGUCGAGUAUGAAUCAACUCCCAAGGGUAUGAUUCAGAGCUAUGCAGAAAGGGAAUAUGUGUAA